AUGCUGGACGAACGGCGAUGCAUAGACGAAUCGCCCAAUCUCGGCCUGGGAAUCGGGCUCGAGGAAGUGCUGGCGGACAGCCCCAUGGCACGCAACAGGCUUCGCGAGGUCCAGAAAGGCGUGGAGGACUGGGGCGAUGACCUCCUGCGCCUCACCUCUGCCGCCACCAAACUCGGCUCCGCUGCCAAAGUGUACUCGAACGCGUCGUCGGUAUUCUCGCAGACGCUACUCGAGCUGGACACCUUUGGCGAUACAACGCUUAAGCACUCGGUGCGACGACUAGCGGACGUGUUGAAGGAGACCGACGCUUUCCGGGAGACGCUGCACCUGCAAAUGGAAGAGGCAUUCGCCGAGCCGCUCAAAGCCUUCGUCAAAACUCAGAUCGCUUCCGAGAAGAAAAGUAUGCAGCGGCUUGAAAAGGCCCAAAUGUCGUACGACGCGCUGCUCUCUCGUCUCUCCCACGUCAAGCAGAAGGACCACUCCAAGUUCUGCGGCUUGUCCGACGAAUUCCAAGGAGUGAAGCGAGACUUUCAAGAAUGUAGCUUGAACAUGCUCUCGGAGUUGUACGAUACGAAAGCAAGAGAAAAACUCGAGUUCAUGGAGCGGCUCUCGCUUUUGCUGUAUGCCGUCAUGGCGUACUUUCAGCACGGUUUUGAGGUGUACAAAGAGCUGCAGCCCUUCAUGCAUACGCUGUCGGAUCACAUCGUGAAGUGUCAGGAGGACUACGGCCAAACGAAAAAGGAGCUGUCCGGGGUGAGGGUGAAGCUCGCGCAGGAGCAGGGCGCCAGCGUGCCCCUCGCUGUUCCGGCCGCUUCCACCGGUCCCUCGCUCGUCAAGAACGGAUAUCUCUUCCUUCGCUCCUCCGGCCACGUCAGGAAGGAAUGGAAGAAACGCUACUUUGAGAUCAAGGACGGCGAACUGCUGUACUACAAACAUAAACGAAGGGAAUGCGAGCCCGAGCGGUAUUCUCUGCUUCUUAUCACCCCGCGCCCGCCACCCGCUGACGUUGAGCGACGGUUCGCUUUCGAGUUGACCGGUACCAAGCGAUCAUUCAUUUUGCAAGCUGCCAGCGAACAAGAAAAGCUCGAAUGGAUGGAGGUGGUCCAAAAUGUGACCAAACACUUGCUCGACACUUCGAUGACGGAGCCGCGCCUCUCCAGGUUGGUGUCGGGCGUUUCCACGUCUACCAGCGGCCUCACCAGCGGCCUGCCCGCCCCGUCGCCGGAGCUCAAGAGAAACGCGGCGGGAGGGUCCGGGUCCACGGCUGAAGUUGAGCCAGAAGAGACAAGCGUGCUGGCCCAGAUCAGGGCAGUCAGCCAGUCCAACAACUUUUGCGCCGACUGCCAAGCUGCGGACCCCACGUGGUGCAGCGUCAAUCUGGGCGUCACCUUCUGUAUAGAAUGCUCCGGUGUACAUAGAGGUAUGGGCGUGCAUGUGAGCAAGGUUCGCUCACUGACGCUGGACGCGUGGCCGUCCGAGCUCGUCCAGUCCAUGCUGCGCAUGGGCGGCAAUGAGAAAGUCAACGCCAUUUUCGAGGCCACCCGGCCCUCCGAUACUGAACGACCGAGUCCAGGCAGCGCCGUCGCUGUGCGGGAAAAAUACAUCAAGCGCAAGUAUGCCAACCGCGAGUUCGUGCGUCCCUACAGCGGCGGGGCCAUUGUCGAGGACUUUAUGGAGGCGGUGGAAAGCGGCGACCUGCACAAGCUGCUGCUCCUUCUGGCCCAAGGCGCCAGCCCGAACUGCGGAAAUCCCUCGGCGCUAUUGGCAGCCGCCCGCCUCAACGACGCCACACUCCUCGAGUUCCUUAUUCAGAGUGGCGCCGAUACGAAGGCGGUCGAUUCGCACGGCCGCACGGUGGUCCACAUCGCAGCCGAACAGGGCUACACCCAGUGCCUCUUGCUUCUCUACAGACGCGGCGCGCCGCUCGACACAAAGGAUCACGCUGGCCUCACCCCUGUCGACCUCGCUUUGCAACACCAGAAAGCGGACUCUGUGACCCUCCUGCGGCUGGCGCUGCUCUCUGCCGAAGAACAGAGGGGCGACUUCGAGGCCACCUUCGCACAGGCCUUCCAGCACUUCUCAGAAGAUCUACGGCUGAAAAAGGGCAAGGACCAGCGGACAAUGAGUGUCGGGGGCGCCUCUCCCUCUAAACCCGCACUCACCACCUCGACAUCCGAGCCCUCGCUGGCCAUCCCCGCGCCCUCCUCGCCCGUCGCCCGCCCACUCUCCCGGCUCGGCUCGUCCUCAUCCGACUCGUCUUCCGGCGCCUCCCGCCAGCGCACCUCCACCACCGUCUCGCCUUCAACGGCCGGCUCGGACCACACCGCCACCGCCACCACCACCGACGGCGUGCCGUUCCGUCGGGUGCCGUUCCCGCCCACUAAGGUGUCGCCUGUGGCGUCGAUGGAGGUGCCGACGAUGACGAAGACGACGAUGGCAUCGACGGCGCCGGUGCUGUCGACGUCGGUCGAGGCGGCGUCGGGCGCCACGCUGAGACCGGCCAAGAAGAAGCGGGCCUCCGGUGACGACCGCGGCCGAAGACACGAAUGCGUCGUCGACGGCUUGGAGAAGGUAUAG